UCAUCUGGAAAGAAUACAAAACUUAGGUUAAAAUUUGUAUUGUAAUUUCUCGCUAGGAGAACACUCGGACAAUCUGAUUUUUAUUCCUCUCAUUGGCUAUUUUUGUCACUACAUUGUAAGCGUAUCAUAUUUUGCUCAGUAUAUAUAAUCCAACAGGAACGCGCAUUGUUUCGAAGCUCCCAUUGAUUCCCGCCAGAUUUCAAUCCAGACAAUGACAGUUAGGCUCAAAUUUUCUAAAACCGAAACACUCUCUCUUGACAAAUUCAUUAAAGCCCAGAAAAACCUCUCUAAACCCUCACCAAUUCUCUGGUCAAAACCCCAAAUCACAGAAACAGACAGCCAACAUCUAAACCACUCCAUUUUACUACAACUUGAAUCAUGCCGAGGACUCAAAGACUUUCACCAAAUCCACACACAACUCGUAGUCUCUGGCCUGUCUCAAGACUCUUUUUUCGCAAGUCGGGUCUUAAAAAAGCUUUGCACUUCUUUAAGCUCUAUCUCUCUUGCUGUCGUGUUCUUUGAUUGUCUUGAAGAACCUGAUGCUUUUAUGUGUAACACUAUAAUGAAAAGCUUUUUGGGGUUGAAUGAUCCGUUUGGUGCUUUAAGAUUUUAUCAUGAAAAAAUGCUGCCCAAAUGUGUUAAACAUAACCAUUAUACGUUUCCAUUGUUGGAGAAGAUUUGCGCAGAGGUUAGGUCUUUGAGAGAAGGUAAAAAGACUCAUGCCCGCGCUGUCAAAUUCGGGUUUGAGUUGGAUUUGUUUGUUAAAAAUUCUUUGAUUCAUUUGUAUUCAGUUUCUGGGGAAAUUUCGGAUGCGAGGAAGGUGUUUGAUGAUGGGUCUGUGUGGGAUCUUGUGAGCUGGAACUCGAUGAUUGAUGGUUAUGUGAAAAAUGGCGAGGUUGGUUGUGCUCGUGAACUAUUUGAUUUAUUGCCUAACAAGGAUAUCUUUACUUGGAAUUCAAUGAUAUCAGGCUAUGUGGAUAUCAGGGAUAUGGAGACAGCAAAAUGGUUGUUUGAUAUGAUGCCAUUCAGGGAUGUUGUCUCUUGGAAUUGCAUGAUUGAUGGGUAUGCAAAAAUAGGAAAUGUUACAUUGGCUCGUGAUUGUUUUGACAUCAUGGCUACGAGGAAUGUGGUGUCUUGGAAUAUAAUGUUGGCUCUUUUUGUCCGAUGUAGGGAUUAUAACGAGUGUUUGAGAUUGUUCGAUAGAAUGAUAGAAGGGGAGGCUAGGCCAAACAAGGCGUCUCUUGUCAGUGUCUUAACCGCAUGUGCAAAUUUAGGGACACUUGAUAAAGGUCUAUGGACUCAUUCAUACAUAAAAAACAGUAGGAUUGAACCUGAUGUGUUACUGUCAACUGCUCUAUUGACAAUGUAUGCAAAAUGUGGAGCUAUGGAUUUGGCUAGAAAUGUGUUUAAUGAGAUGCCUGAGAAAAGUGUUGUGUCUUGGAACUCUAUGAUCAUGGGAUACGGUAUUCAUGGGGAAGGAGAUAAAGCCUUAGAAAUGUUCAUGGAGAUGGAGAAGAGAGGUCCAACACCCAAUGAUGCUACUUUUGUUUGUGUUUUAUCAGCAUGUACACAUGGAGGAUUGGUGUUGGAGGGUUGGUGGUGUUUUGAUCUUAUGCAACGAGUUUACAAGAUUGAACCAAAGGUUGAGCACUAUGGUUGCAUGGUUGAUCUUCUUGGCCGGGCUGGCUUGAUGAAAGAUUCAGAAGAGCUAGUUAGAAAGAUGCCUAUGGGUGCAGGUCCAGCCUUGUGGGGAGCUUUACUUUCUGCUUGCAGGACCCACUCAAAUUCAGAACUUGCAGAGAUUGUGGCAAAGCAUCUAAUGGAAAUGGAGCCAAGGGAUGUCGGGCCUUACGUGUUGCUGUCUAACAUAUAUGCUUCAGAAGGGAAGUGGGAUGAUGUAGAAAAUGUGAGAAGGAUGAUGAGGGAAAAGAGACUACAUAAGACAGUUGGCUCCAGCUUGGUUCCCCUAAGGGAAUUUGGUUCCAAAUUCACUGUGGCAAAUGAUUCUGCCCGUAGGAGAACUAUCGUUUACUCCAUGUUGGGUGAGAUAGGUAUGCAAAUGAAAUUGUCUGGUUGAAAUAAUCUGGAUGCAGUGAUUUACAGAAUGUUUAAAUUGAAGCUUGGUUCUCAAUAUUAUUUGAACAUUAUUGACCUGAAUUUUGGGGAAGAGAAAUGUUAAUAAUAAAAAAAUGCCACUUCCUUAUUCAAGAAGCUACAAAUUGUCUGGAGUCUUCAAGAUACUUAGCAGGAACCCUAAGAUAGCCACAGCUCUGAGUGAUUUUUUCCUUUUGAAUUCCUGCCCACCGAUCAAAAGGAACCAACCUGAAGCACAUUUGCAACAAGCUUUGAAAAAGAUUAGCCCAGGUCUUCAAUGCAGAGCGUGUUAAGAUACAUCACAACACUGGGCAUGAGAGACACUGCAUGAGCUGCUGGACGGCCUAUGCUAACACCAUGGUAGUUUGUGUAGAGUACACAGCACAUCAUUCAACAAAGACGAAGGGUCUAUUUCUAUUAAACAUACAAACUUGAAAGAGUUUUCUGUGUAGUUGCAGGUGGUAUGGUUAUAAGUGCUUAACUGAUUUGUAAAUUACUAAUGAGAUGUUCUUCUAUCUUGUACUGUAAGAUUCUCAACAUAAGACAUCAAAGCUAGAUGACCAUCGUAGGUAUAACUAUGAGAAAUCCAGAGCAUUUUCUCUUGGAAGCAAUUCCUGCCUUUCUUAUAGAGGAUUAUGAUGACCCAAAUUUACAGGCAGGUUUGGAUGAGCUAUAUCAUAAGAAGCACAUUAGAAAUAUAACUAAUUUCAUCGUAAAACUGCCGGAAUUAGUAAUUACAGUGUUUUUGCGUGGAA